GUACGUUUCAGACCUUUAGAGAAACCAUCACAGUUUGGCGGGCAGGAGUGUGUUCAAACGCUGUGGGACAGGCUGGCAUGUCCGAGAGCGACCACACAGUGUCUGGUGCCCGACCACUGUGGAGAGAGCUUCACCUGCAAAGAAACAGGCCGCUGCAUUAGUCAGUCCCUUUGUUGUAACGGAGAACCGGACUGCGAUGAUUCUUCUGACGAAGAUCAGUGUGAAGAUUUCAACCGAAGAGAGGAUAAGUGCUCCACCUUCAUGUCAAUUCCUGGAGCUGAACGAGGCACACAGGGCUACAACAUCCUGAGUGGAGAUUUUAUGAAUCAGGUACUUGACCCUAGUUACUUUGGUGGUAAGUGUGAAUAUGUCUAUAAUGGUGAAUGGAGGAAACUCAACUAUGAUGCCUUCUGUGAGAACCUACACUACAACGAAGAUGAGAAAAACUACCGGAAACCUUAUAAUUACCACACCUACCGUUUUGUGGCUGAAGCUACAUCCAAAGGUUCCCAUGAAUAUUAUGAAGAUAUGCAAAGCCUGCUGAGAGCAAGGAAGGAAAUGUCGUCUUCCAUGGCUGGUGUCUCAGUUGGGAUCCAGUAUGUGGAAGUUGGACUGGAAGGCAGCUCCGAAUCAGAGUUUCUGAAAAACGUGACAAAAUAUCACAGCCAGGACGUCGGGUUUGUCAGACUUUGGUCCAGAGUUCAAACAGCCCUCUUCAAGAUGAGAUCUAAUCAGUUGAUGCUUCAUGAAGAUUUCUACGUCGCUCUCAUGGAGCUUCCUGAGCUGUACGAUUUUGGCAUGUACUCCCGCUUCUUCAACAUGUUUGGCACCCACUACGUGACAGAGGGAACCAUGGGGGGGACGCUGGAAUAUGUUUAUGUUGUCAACAAAACAGCCAUGGCGCAGUCAGAAAUCAACGGUGAAACACUUCAGUCAUGCUUCGGUGCCUCCAUUGGAAUAAGUGUUCCAAUUAAUGAUAAUGCAAAAGUAGGCUUUAAGGUUAAAGGAAGUGCAUGCGGUAAAGACCAAGACAUUUCUGGAGAGUCUUCCUCUAAUAAAGCUUUGGUUGAGGAUGUCGUCACUUUGGUAAAGGGGGGUAUCACAGAGACCAGCUCAGGUCUGUUGGUUGUCAGGAGCCCUGAUACGUACAGGAAGUGGGGUGCUUCUCUUAAAUACAGCCCAGCAUUGACUAAAUUUGAGAUCAUGCCAGUUUAUGAAGCUGUGCGCUUCAGCACUGCUGCUGAUCACGCAGGAGCAAGAGUAGCCAACAUGCAGAGGGCCCUGGAUGAGUAUCUGCAGCAGUUUGAUUCUUGUCGCUGCGCCCCCUGCAGACACAACGGGAUCCCUGUUCUCUCUGGGACCUCCUGUAGCUGCAUCUGUAAGUCAGGCUACCGGGGCAUCGCCUGUGAGGAGACACACAGGAGAGAUACCAGGACAGAUGGGUCAUGGUCCUGCUGGGGGUCGUGGACUUCCUGUGUCUCAGGGAGGAAGAGCAGGACAAGAGUGUGUAAUAAUCCUGCACCUGAAGGGGGCGGAGCUCCCUGCCUGGGCUCUGUUACUCAGAACCAGCAGUGCUAAAAAAAGUGGUUUCUACAAACUAAAAAAGUGUGUUUAACCAAAACAGAAAUAAAUACUGUAUGUGUUGUGCAUA